AUGAAAAUCCUAGCCUUGCACGGCCUCGGCUCAUCAUCUAGCCUGCUCGAAGGACAACUGCGUCCAUUUAUUCGAGAGCUGGGCCCUAGUUGCCAGUUUGUCUUUCUUGAUGGAGCGAUAACCUGUGGAAGAGGACCUGCGGUCCCGUUGUGGGCAAACCCACCUUUCUACUCACAUGCCACCGGAUUCACCCCAUUACAAGUACGGGAAGCCAUUGAUCGCAUAGACACAUUCAUUGAGGAAAAUGGACCCUUCGAUGGUAUCCUUGGGUUCAGCCUCGGAGCCUCCCUGGCCAUGACCUACAUUCUGCACAAACAACGCACAAAGCCAGAGGUGAAGCCACCAUUUUACUUUGCCACGCUCUUCUCCCCCAUAUUCGUUGCGUCGUCUGAUGAUGCCUGUUACGAGGGUAUUAUUAGCCGAUUGCUAGACGAUGAGCACAUAGCAUUCCGCUCUGCAUUUCCAAAAGAGGACUUCCUAUCCACGCUAAACACCGAGAAUGAGAAGGGCUUCGCCAAAUACAUGGGGGGUUGUCUUGUCAAUGAACACAAGCGUCGGGCACGUCUUGCCUGGGAAGUCCACACCAACUAG